AUUUGCAUAUCUACCACCCAUGUGGCAGCAAACCAAAGAAACAGCACAGCUUACCAAGAGCUACCGAGAUGAGCAGUUUACUUCCCAAGUCAGUAGAAGAGUUUCAGCUCAAGCAGUAUUGGGACAAGUUCUUUGCCAAGAGGGGCUCGGCAUUUGAGUGGUAUGGAGAGUAUACGGACCUCUGUCAUGUUCUUCACAAGUACUUGAAACCUGCAAACAAGCUACUAGUGGUGGGGUGUGGUAACUCAAAGCUGAGUGAGGCCCUUUAUGAUGUGGGGCUCCACUACAUUGAUAAUAUUGAUAUCUCUGAUGUUGUAAUUCGUCAGAUGUCGGCGAGAAACAAAGACAAGCGACCCAAAAUGACAUACACUAAGAUGGACAUGUUAAGUAUGAGUUAUAGCGAUGGAAGCUAUGAUUGUGUUGUGGAUAAAGGCACUCUUGAUGCAAUUUUCAGUAAUAAUGAUGAGGAGACGUUGACCCUAGUUGAUGUAAUCUUUGACGAAAUCGAACGUGUUUUGAAGACCUCAGGGCGUUACAUUUGCAUCACUUUAGCUCAAGAUUACAUACUCGAUAAAAUUCUAGACAGGUUUGGAUCUCAUUGGUUGCUAAGAGUGCAUCGUGUGUUGCUAAGCAAUGAUGGAGGUGGUGGUGGUUUGGGUGGAGCUCUGCCGGUGUUUGUGUUUGUGCUGACCAAAAUGAUGAGGAUUGCGUCUAGACCUCCUAUCAGAGUGUACGAGUAUGUGGUUGAUGGGAGUGACGAGUGUGUGAGAUGUGAGGGUGUGGAGGGCAUCGCCAGCUUUGUCAAGGACAACCAACAGUACGGCAUUGUCUCUCACCAUCUCACAAGCCUCCACCCCAACGAGCCUGCUGUAACCUUUGACCUCUGGAGUCCGGCUGUUAGCAGUGAGCCUCGAUACACGCUGGCAGUUGUUGAUAUAUCCAAAGUAAAAGCCAAGAGUGGGCCUUUUGCGAUCUUCAUUGCUCCACAGGGAAAAGAAACAGAUUGGCUCUUCUCGUGUGAUUCUGGACGCUCACAGCUUGCAGACUCGGCAAGUUUCGAGAGGCUCGUGAUUGUCACACUCCAUCGAGAUCACACCUACACCAGUCUGGAGGCAGUAAAGGAAGAGGUGUCGGGGAGAGCUGUGGAACUGGUGCAGAGUGGAGUGGCUGCGAGAAAACAGUACCCUGUACUGACUUUAGGGGAUGGUCUUGGCUCAAGGGUAGUACUCUGCGAGGGAAAGUCUGCCUACUCUGGACGCUAUGUGGUGGAAGAGUGCACAGGGGAAGAGGGACGUGUCCGUAGGCUGGUGUUUUUGGACACCCCACACCUUGCACAGACUGAGAUGGUGCUCACAGGUAAACCAUCCAAGUCAAAGAAAUCCAAAAAGACCUCUUCAUCCUAUACGACACCACUCAAGCCUGAUCACACACACUUGUUGUUCGACCAUCACAAAGUUGCUAUAGCAACUCUGUCACUUGUCCAAGACAUAGCAACACGCGGUAGAGAGGUCAAAGGUCUCCUAGUGGGACUAGGAGGUGGUGCUCUGCCUAUGUAUAUGGGAAGAAUAUUGGACAAACUGUCACUGGACGUGGUGGAGUUGGAUCCGGAGGUGCUGUCUGUGGCAGAGAAGUGGUUUGGGUUCAGACAGAGUGAGAGGGUGAGAGUACAUGUUAGCGAUGGCGUGCAGUUUGUGGAGGACGCAGCUGACAAGAAAAGUUGCUAUGAUGUGGUCAUACUAGACGUGGACUCCAAGGACCGGUCAGUGGGUGUGAGCAGUCCACCCGCAUCCUUCACCACACCCCUAUUCCUUUCCAGCACCAGAGCACUGCUCGGAGAUAGUGGUAUUUUUGUGACCAACCUGGCAGCUAGAAACAAGGACAUGAAGAGAGACAUUUUAUCGUCCAUUGCUAAAGCCUUCGUCAAUGUGUGGACUAUAGCUGUGCCUGAAGAUGUCAACGAGAUAGUAGUGGCAUCACCCUCGGCUAGUGCCCCAGGGCUACUGAGUGGGACUGUGUCGGAUGUUGUUAGGCAGUUGGCCAGGAGUGCAUGCAAAGGAGCAGCUGAAGGGGAGACAGUAGAGGAAUGGACACAAUUUUUAAGCAGUGCUGUGAGAUGGAAAUAAUUUUAGUGAUUCUUGUUUUGUAUUGA